AGUAACAUAUAAAUGUAGGUGCGAUCUAGUUCUAAUCAUAUUGACUGUAUCACACGCAUAGCACACACUGUGUUUGUAAUAUAUAAGUAUGAAGUCCAUAAUUUUACUCUUUUGCUUUGCCGCCUUUGUCAUCGCUGAAGAAACAUACGAUACUUCAAGUGAUAAUAUAAACCUCGAUGAACUGCUGGGGAAUGAGAGACUCAUAACUUCAUAUUCUAAGUGUUUAAUAAACCAAGGGCCAUGUACUCCGGAAGUAAAAAAACUUAAGGAUGUAUUGCCAGAAGUUUUGGAAACACGUUGUGCAAAAUGCUCAGAAAAACAGAAGCAAAAGGGAAAGCAGUUGAUUAGUGAAAUUAAAAAGAAAAAUCCAGAAAUCUGGAAACAGCUUGUAUCUUUUUACGAUCCACAAGGAAAAUACCAAGAAGCUUUCCAAGAUUUCCUCAAGUCAUAAGCGCUUAAAGAAAUAUCAAACCAAGUACUGCAGAAUACUACUAAAAUUAUAAAUCCGCAUUGGUGUUCACA